UCAUUAUCACAACGAACAACAAUCAUCUCUCUCUUUUUAGAACAUCACUCUUUCUUUACAAACCAAAGUCCCUACAAUGGCGCCAAAGGCAGAGAAGAAGCCGGCUGAGAAGAAGCCAGUGGAGGAGAAGAAACCAGCUGAGAAAGCCCCUGCUGAGAAGAAGCCAAAGGCCGGGAAGAAGCUCCCCAAGGAAGCCGGAGCCGGUGCUGUUGACAAGAAGAAGAAGAGAAACAAGAAGAGUGUGGAGACAUACAAGAUCUACAUCUUCAAGGUGCUGAAACAGGUUCAUCCUGACAUCGGUAUCUCAAGCAAGGCCAUGGGGAUCAUGAACUCGUUCAUCAACGACAUCUUCGAGAAGCUUGCUCAGGAAUCUUCGAAGCUUGCGAGGUACAACAAGAAGCCGACGAUCACCUCCAGGGAAAUUCAGACGGCGGUAAGAUUGGUUUUGCCCGGGGAGUUGGCAAAGCAUGCCGUUUCCGAGGGGACUAAAGCUGUAACCAAAUUUACCAGCUCUUAGAUUUGGGGGUUUAGGGUUUGUAUCGAUGUUCAGUGUUAGGGUUUGUUUAUUCUGAAAAUUUCAUCUUUCUCGAUGAAUUAUGUCGGUAUCAAUGAAUUGGACUUGGUUA